AUGAAUGACAGCGAUCAGCCUCCUGAGAGUCGCGCUGAUCAGGGCCCCUCGGCAUCGCGAUACAAAAACCCAUGUGAUGCUGAGAGGAGCUCAGACUCGCGCUUGCAGCCCGAUGCUCCGCAUGCGGAUCAGGAGCUCGUGCAGAGUGAUGGCAGCAUCAGCGAACCGCCAUCACAACAAGCACAGCCAGCUCGUAAUGAGGGCCCGCAAGAAGUACACCAGGACGGCUCGAGGUACUUCAUCAGCGGCAAACAUUCAGAGCGGUCACUCCUCUUGCUAGAGCAACUGCAAAAGACCCAUCCAGUCACUGGCCGGUCCAAGAUUGCCCUGAAGAAACGCCGCAAUCGGAUACAGGCCGAGCUCGACCACUUUGAGUACUUGAUGGACAUGACAUCCCCGCAGGGACCACCACAAAUGCGCUCUUCUGCUCGCCCACCACAGGUACUGGGCAAUCAGCCACUCGGACACCGCAGCACCAACAUCACACCAAGUUCCAACAACCGCCAGUCCCGACAGAGCACCAUCGUAUCAGCCUCACAGCAAUAUCAACAAGAUCAAAACGGCGGCCAUUCCACAACGCAGGACGUAGACAUCCGUGAAGAGAACGAAAAGUUUGCACGUGGAAUGAAAAGAUUACGCUCAACCCCCAUGUGCUCAUCCUCAUGGCAGUACAAGGAGAACGCUUCCAGAUUUCACGCUAUGCAAGAAGACCUCCGCGCAAGAGCAGCACUCAGGCGCUCCCGAUUGGACCAUGGCCAUCGUACCGAUCUUAGUUUACAGGAAGCCAACGUUGAGAUCUCACCGGCGAGAGGAUCCACCAACCGAGCGCCAGAUGCCUACGGCGACUCGAGUGUGCAUGGAUACCAGGCUCCCAGCUUUGAAUAUCAAGCUCAUGCUGGUCGGACCAUCAUCAGCACUUUCAAUGCCACAGAUGUACUCAGCCAACACAAUGGCUGCUCCACCGAACGAGAGUCCGUGGUGCUCAAGCGGUGGCGACAUGCCGACUCAGCCAAAGCGCAUGCUUGGCCCUUGGCCUUCGCCAAUGAUGGGCCUGCAAUCAUACACUAUGUUGCCCCGCCAGUGGCAGGACUUCCCAGAUUGCGUGCCCCAGAAUAUACCAAUCACCCGCAGCAGAGACGCCUGGCUCGUCACAAUCAGAAUCCAAUGAUGCAAUCGCCGCACUUCAGGGGCGCAGGGCCUAUCGCUCGAGCUCGGGUUUCUGGCACUGCUCAUUCGCCUACCAUAGGAACUGGACCUCGUGCACUCAACUCUUAUCAACCACCGCCUCCUGCUCCAAGCGGAGCGCUCUGUGUUGCUCUACCUUCGGGACCUCGUCAUGCUGAAGAGUCUGUCAACAGUCGAAUUGCUUUUGCCAUCAGUACGCCAGUGCAGAGCACUACUAAGCAAGACAAUCGCACACUUAGCGAGAGUGCUUUUCCCUGGCCGCAGGUGAACACAAACCAGCAAAGCCAACAGAGACACAAAGACGCAGCUGGACGGAUCUUCGAAAAGUUUCAGAAUCACGGUGUUGCUGAAGAGAAGAGCCCGGUCCGCCAUGUUCAGAUUGACGAGAAGAAGUUGAAGAGAGCACUUGCCGAAGCUCGGGAGGAGCAGGCUAGGAAGAAGCAGAAGCGAGAAUACCAAGAGAGGGCUGCGGCAGAGAGGGACUGA